AAAAGGGCAGAUGGUAACCGCGGGUAACUGAGGAGCAAACCACUCUGCUGGCCACAGAGCAAGAGAUCAGCAGAGAGAGGGAGACAGAAGGAGGGAGGAGAGCGAACACAUGCAGCGCAGCAGAGGAGAGGAGAGAGGAAAGGAGCAUCUGAGAGGAAGCUGCACGCCUGCAGACAGAGGGAGGAGAAGACUGAGUACUUCUUCUCAGCACUAACAAGGAGGCAGAGAGCAAAAAAGAGACGCAGAGAGAGACAGAAACAAAGACGGGGACAGUACAGAUAGUAAGAGGAGGGAGAAAAAAGUAUCUCUCCGUUCCCUUUAGAGAGACACAGAGACAAAGAGGGAGAUAAAACAAAAGGAGAGGAGAGGUGAAGUGAAGAGAGGGAGCCAGCGGACGGGAAUUAGUUAGAGGAGCUGCAAGACUGAUCAAUGAGCAGCUUUGAUUUUGGGAAGAAAUUUAGACUCAGCAAGAAAGAGAGAGCGAGUGAGAGAGGGAGAGAGAGGGAGGGAGGGAGGGAGUCAAUGACGAGGGGAGAGUGAUGAAUGAAAGAUAGGAGCAAACAUCUGAAGAGAGCAGGAAUGAAAGAGGAAAAAGUGAACGGUAGAUGGAGGAAUCUAACAGGAGGUGAAACAAAGAAGGAGGAGAACAAAAAAGCCUUUAGAGGAUAAGAGUGGAAGGAAAGGAGGAGCAAAGUGUGAAAUAUUUAGAAAGAGAGCGAGCAGAGAGGAGGCAGAGUCAAAAACUUAGAGAAGAGAGAGCAUACAUCUGAGCAGUCGAGGGAACCUGUGCUCCUGUUUCUUUCUCUUUUUUCUGCUGAGGAGAGAAGAUGAGAUGAGGACAGAGGAAAACGCAAGACCAGAGGAAGCAGUUUAAGACUUUUUUUUCCCUCAACAUCCAGACAGAUAAAGAGAUAAAUAACUAGAUAUUAAAGUGUAUGAAAGCAAACUAUAUCCAAUGGCGUGCUACUACAUUGUGAUCAGUUCCACCCACCUGCGUGACGGACAGUUGAGGAGCAUCAAGGGGGUUUUCAGAGGACCAAUAGGAGCCAACAGCCAACGGAACACGGAGGAAGGAGACUCCAGUUUCUACUGCGAGCUGUGCAAUAAGCAGUACGUGAGACACCAGCAGUUUGACAACCACAUCAACUCCUACGACCACCACCACAAGCAGAGGCUGAAGGAGCUAAAACAGAGGGAGUUUUACAGAGCGCUGGCCUGCAGGAGACAGAGGAGGCGCAGGGAGGAGAAGAAAGCGGAGCAAGUGCUGAGGAAGCUUCAUCGACACCAGGAGAGGAGGACAGGAGAGUGCGCUCCAGGUUCUGGUCCCAUGUUCAGAUCCACCACAGUGGCGGUCGAUCCAGCGAUCCAGACCAGACCAGACUUUGAGCAGAACUGGGACGACAUCCACAGAAGCAGCGCCACGCUGGGAACAAAGUCUCAAACCCCACUGAUUGGACCCUUCCUGCCCUUGGACCCUGCACUGGAAACCAGACUCCUGAGCAACACACAGUGGGUGUACAAUCAAAUGGACGCAAACAACACAGCAACUACGGCCGCUGCUGAGUCCUUCAUCCUCAACAAGACUCAUCUGAACCGCAGUGACCGGUCAGCCGCUGCCGCUACACCGAGCAACAACAACACGAUGAACUCUUUAACCAAUACAAGACACUUUCACAAGAUCCCAUGGGCUCGUCAUCAAUUAAGCAACGCCAAUAACAUCUCCGUGACCUCCACUAAUGAUGGCUGCAUUUCCAACAAAACCCGCUUCAGUGCGAACCCCACCACCUCCACCUCCUGCUCAACUCUUGCUAACAUGACAAGCAGCAGCAGCAGCAGCAGCACAGCAGUGCAGGGGGCAUUAGAUGUCCAAUCUGUCCCUGGCCGAGUCCGUCCUGUGUCCUUCUCCUUGCCUAAAAGGACCUGUGUCCUCCUUCACCAAUCAGCAGCAGUUUUCAUCCAAGCUGGACGAGGCUCAGGAUUGUCUACAAAGCCCGAAAGUAUGAUGGCCCAAAAGAGGAGCAAAGAUCUUGGGGAGAAAGUUGGAAAUGAGCCGCUCAGAUCUGCAGACACCGAUGUGGGAGCUGUGGAUCACUUGGAUAAUAGAAACCGGGGUAGUGCUGAAGCCAGUGUAUCCACUGACAGAGGAAAUGGAGGAUUCUCUGGGGCUGGAGCCCUGGUUUCUCUGUGUGACCGCAGAGUAGACAAUUCUAAUAAAAAUGGAAAUGGAGCCCAAAUCAGCAGUGAAAGUGAGACUGGAGGAAAUCUUCCUUUAGAUAAUGGGAUACCAGGACAGAUUUGUGACGGUGUAAGCACAACUGUGGCUCAAGCUUCCACAUGCAGAGACGGUGAGGCUAAAUCCACAAAAGAUGUGGACAAUCGGAUAGAGUUAGAACCCACCCGAGAACUGACAGAUCUGUUUUGUUCUGCUACAAAUCAGCCAGAAGAAUCUAUUUCUGGUGUUUUAAAUGAGACCAAAGAGUCUUCAGUUCAAUCGCAGCCCAAAGAAUCAAACCCCUCCCUGUCAAACUGCACAAAGGACCCGAGGUUUUUGGCCCUAAGUCGUCCCAAAGAGCCGUUUUAUAGUGUCCUGAGCCGAGACGGCAGCAGGGUUCUUCUCUGGCCAUCAGAGAUGGUUAGCUACACCAAGACGUCACCAUCCAUAUCCUACAGUGUCAACCCCCUCCUGCAUGACUUCAGAGCACACAACAGGGCCAGGGAACGGGGUGAGGGCAAGAAAGGAGGGACGCAGGAAGGCAUUGGGAGAAUAAAGCCAUCUGCGAUCAAACAACCUGACUGCCAACAGAGGAACAAUGAUACAGCGGGAGGAGGGUGGGCAAAGAUAGAUGAAAGGGAGGAAGAGGAUGAGGCAGGAAAUCCUAUUGAACCUGUAGCCUGUUGCAGCAGUGGCAACACAGCUCUGGAUUGCUCCGGCUGCUACGAUGCAAAUGCUUUAGCAUUAGUUCCCGUUUCUGCAGAAUGUCACCUUGCACCAGCACCGGGCCUUCAAAAGAGUGCAGGGGGGCAGAGGAGGAGGAGGAGGAAGCGCAGGGGAGGGGUGAGGAGAGGAAUGAGGAGGAGAGGGAGGAGAAAGAGAGCGGAGGAGACAGACAGAAAAGACCCAGAGAGAGGAAGACGGAUAAUCAACAGUCUUUCUGUGAAUCACAUGCUUGAAGGCAGAGGAGAAGAAAAGUUGAAAAGAGAGGGCACAGAGAAAGACCACAGAAGAGUAAAGGGGCUAUUAAGUAAUCUUGCAGCGCAUCAGCUGGGAGGAGGGAAAGAAAAGAGGAUGAGAAAAGAAGAAGGCAGGAUAAGAGGAGAUCAGACGGAGCAAGAGAGGGCAGGCAGAAAUGACGAGAAGAUAGGAGCGCUAUUAAGUAAUCUUCCUGUGAAUCGGUGUAAUCGGUGUAACCAGCUGUGUCUGCAGGUGAAAAGGGAGGCCAGCCCGCAUCAAUCCCAGCAAUCAGCCUGUGGGUGGGACCAGGGGCUCAGAAAGCUCCUCUGCAGGGGUGCAGCAUGUAACUCAGUGAUUAGCCCUGUCCAUGGGUCUGUUAUAGAAACGACACGCCGCCGUGCAAUUACACCCGACCCCGCUCUGAAUGACAGACUGACAGAGGAGAUACACAUAAAUACACAGGAAGAGGAGGAGGGAGGGCAGCCCGACGAGGAGCAGAGGUAUCUGAGGAAGACGGAGAUAAGAGCUGCUCAGGAUGCUCAAGAAAAUAUGUGCAGACCCAGGAUUAGCAGUGUUCCUCUCGUCUGUCAAGACGCAGCACGUGAGCAAGAAAUUUGUCUUGUUCCUCCACCUCACAGGGAAACAGCGGGUGAUCCUGCGAUUAGCCUCAUCCCUGCUCCCUUUAGAGAAACAGCAUGUAGUCAAAGACAAACAAUACCUGCAGGACACGGCAAUCUCGUGUUAGGGCCAGCCCCACGCUGCUCUGCACAACAGUCAGACACCGAAUCUAGAAUAAGAUCAGCCUGCGCAGACACAGCCCUCCCUGGAGAUGUUAUUUCAAAGGAAGUGAUGUCAAAGAGCGCAGGAACAGCCUGCAAGAGGAAGAAGGAAUUGCCGGAGGCUGAGGCAACGCCGAGGAAGAGACGGAAAAGGGGAAGGAGACAAGCGAGGAGAGUUGUCAAAAGUUUGAGGCCGACGCAGGAAAGAACAUGUGUUGUUCUGUCCUCUGACCUCAGUGUAAGUGAUACCUCUCAUGUGGAGGAUGUCACAGAGGAGCGGAAACUCAAGAGGAGCGAGGCUCAGACACUUUGGCACAAGUGCAACACAAGUGAGGGCAGCGCAGAGGAAAAAACAGUGGAGUGCCGGCGUCUCUGCGCGACAACACACGCCGCGGAGGAGGCGGCGGGUUGUGACAUCACUGACAAUGUGAAUAACUACUGCAGCGGUGAUGACAGUGAAGGCGGCGCGGGAGGCGAGGACAAGAAGAAGACACCCGAUAGUGACUGUCACAUCCCUAACACACAGAGUGACCGCGGUCAAGACGACAAUCCCUGCUCCAAAGGCGACACUAACUCCACUGACACACAUUUAGACACCAACAAAGAAGACGAUGUGUCUGCAGUGGUGGAACCUGUGGACCUACUCUUCAAUGCCUCCUGCAGCACUGAGGACACACAUGACGGCCACUGUCGAAGUAAACCUGAGCACACAGUGAAUGCAGCUCACGGCACAGCGACGUGUGACACCGACGGCUGUAACUGUACAACCAAUGACACGCGUCAUGCAUGCGGCACACGUGGCCGCGGCGAGGACAAGAGUGACCUCCUGGACGCGGCGCGUGAUUACAGUACCUGCAGUGACACAGCUCGCGUCAGCGGUCAGCGCGAUGACCCCAUCAGGAAUCACACAGCUGACUGUGGCGUCGCCGAUAACAACAAUGCCAGAAAGGACGAGAAAGACGGCGCACUCACGAGUGCACAAGCAAAGCAGAGAGGUGCGGAGGAGGAGAAACAGAUGGAGAGGAUAAAGGUAAAGGAGGAGUGGGAGAAAGAGUGGGUGAGGAGGAAGGAGAGAGAAAAGGAAGAGAAAGAAUGGGAGAGAAGGAAGGAGAUAGAUAUUGAACACUUCUUCCCAGAGAAGAGGCCGCGUUUUCCCCACGCCUUCCCUCCUCCACAGUGCAUCCCCCUCCACGCUCCUAUCCUCCUCCCGGCGUCCCUGUCUCCCUCCUCUUCGUUCUCCUUCCGUCACACCUUCAUCCAACAUCACCUCUCCCUCCUCCCGCCGCCACCGCCGCACCUCCCGGUCCCAUCAUACCCUCAACUCCUUCCCUCUUUCUCUCCUCAUCUCUGUCCCCUCACUCUUAAUCCAGGUCCUGCGCCUCCUCCACCACCUCCUCCCGCUUUCUACACCUCUCCCCCCAUCCCUCUCCUGGAUGCUCCCAGUUCAUAUCCCAUAGCAACAGCAUUUCACCCAGUGCAGAGUCACCACGCACAGCUCUAUCCCUCGCCACAUCCAGCUGUCGUACCCUUACAGGUGUUGUUCUGACUCAUUUUUGUUUUUCUUAAAGAAGAAAAAAGG